GUAGAGGCGAGUGUGCCUGGUAGCGGUAGGCUUCAUGGGGUAUGGAAAUUCAUGAAUUCUCGCCACGGCCCUAAGCUCUUGGCUGUGUCCCUUCUCGGGGUAAGUAUCACAGUGUGCCGCGUGGUUCUAGCAGAUGACGCGUGGGGCGUGCUAAUGCGCGAGCUUCCUUGAAGUAGAAAAAGAUGGCCAAGACCGACCGGUCGUGGGGGUGCAUGUAGUUAGAGUCGGGGCCGAAGUCCUCUGACAUGUUCCAAGAUAGGACACCGGACUACGGCUACAACUUCGACCACGGAAGGCCAGUGGGAGUGGCAUGCGCAACCCCGCACAUGCCAUUGCCUGCCCAUGCUCCGUCUCCUCUUACUCGUCCAGAGUCCCUUCCGCGGCACCGAGCUCGUGCGAGCCUCAGUUGGUGGGGUGGAUUCUUAUCGACAAGCAGGUUCAUCGACACUCUGGCCGCAGCCCGCACAGGUGUCCUGCGUCCCCGGGUCCGAUAGUGCAUGGACUGGGCCUAGCCAGACCAUCGAUGCUGCGUUUGAUUUGCGAACUAGUGAGGCACACCCUCCAUCGGCUGCUGACGUGCAAGACCUGAGGCAAUUCAUAGAGCAUGAGUCUUCGUACCUGUUCAUCCAUGCCGACACUCGUACGAGGCAGGGCGGCUUCUUGCUGGAGCUAGAAAAGCCACGCGCUUCGCCAUCAGUAUGGUGUGAAGGUGGUGGCGAAUCUUGCUACCGCCUUCGGAUCGACAAGGGCAGAGCCUGGCUGGGGGCGACCGACUAUAGUGGGCUCCUCUACGCAUUCGUCACCCUUGCGCAGUUUCUUCGCUUCGACCCCAAAAACGAGGUGUAUCUGAUGCCCCAGGACUGUACCGUAAAGGAUGGCCCGCGCUUUCAGCAUCGGGGCCUUCUCAUUGACACUGGCCGCCAUUUUCUACCGACGCCAUUUAUCGAAAGACUGGUCCGAGCCAUGGCGUGGAACAAGUUGAACGUCUUACAUUGGCACAUUAGUGACGACCAGAGCUUUCCAGCGAUGCUGCCCGACCUUCCCGAGCUAGCACUUGCCGGCGCGUUUGAUAAUGUCAACGAGCGGUACUCUGUGGGGGAGGUCCGACGCAUUGUUAGAUAUGCGCGGCGGCAUGCAGUUACCGUAGUGCCUGAAGUGAACAUGCCAGGUCAUUCUUCCGCCAUUCGGAGAAGCCAUCCGGGGCUCUUUGCUUGCGGAGGGCAGGACACUUCAGCGAAAGAGGUGCGGGGAGUCUUGAGCGGAAACCUAGAAGAGACCUAUGAGUUCGUUGGUCGUCUUCUUGCCUCGAUGAGCAGAUCCUUCCCUGGUGAGCGGUUUCAUUUCGGUUCGGAGGAGGCACCCGCCGCAUGCUUUUCCGGAAGGGAUAUGCACGGAGACUCUGCAAAGGCGUACACGAAAUUUGUUGCCCGUCUUGCGGAGAUGUCGCAGCGAGUUGGCAAGCGUCCCAUUUUUUACGAUGAGGCAGCGCAGUACGCGAAUGUAACCCGGCGCGCCAUCAUCCAAGUGUGGAAGGGUCCUGAUCGGCUACGGAGCCUGGUAAGGGCAGGAUAUGACGUCAUCUACAGCUCCUUGGACACAACCUACCUAAACAUGGACACUCCGUGGCAAAAAAUGUAUGCCCAAGACCCAAUCCCAAAUGGACUUAGUAUGUCUGAGAGAAACCGGGUAUUAGGUGGCGAGGCACUCGCUUGGGGAGAGCACCUCGACGCCAGCAAUGUUGAGUCUACAAUAUUUCCGCGCGCCAGUAUUCUGGCGGAGCUAUUCUGGAGUCCCCCAAAGAUGGGGCCGAGACGUGCGACCCUUGGUCGACUUGUUGCGUGGCGGUGCCAGAUGCUCUCCCUAGGUAUACAAGCGGAAGCAGUCGGCUACUCGGGUAUGAGAUUGCCCCUCGGCCCUGGACCUUGUUGGCAGAGCGGUGACUUCCCAUCGGAACACGGGCAGCCGCACCUGAUCGUCGAGCACGGAACCGACCGCAUCGACUUGGACGGAGAUGGGAGAGUGGAAGCUGCCGCGGGGACUGUGCUGCAAACCUUGGAGAAGCAGUUGAUGCCUUGGGAAACAGCUUCCUUUUUAAAGAGGCAGCGGCUGGGCCUUAACAGUUUGCUGGCUAAGCCUAGCGCCGCGGCAAGGAAACCACUUCGCCAGUGCGUAUCGGCAGAGUGCCAGACCAAGGCUUUUUGUCGCAGCCGUAAACGAAUUGGGCUAGGGACCACGGCCGGAACAUAUCUCGCGGCUCUAUCUUUGGUAUGGGCAGCGGUGUGCCUUGUUGCUCGUUCUUGUCCGGCAGACAGAGUGAAGCGAGCGCCCAUGCUGGCAUGGUCACGGGCGUGAGCUCUCCCACCGCCAUCACGUUGGCAGGGUUCACCAAUGUCGCGGGCCCAGAAGAGAGCCCCGGGGCACAGCCGAGACGCUUCAAAGCGAAGAGGGGGGUUACGUGGAUGACCUGCAGGCACUUCUAUGAAAGGGACGGCUGGUCUGAGUUUCUCGUCAUUCUUGGCGGGCUUAUUUGGUUAAGCUUCAGGAAGGCAGCGCCUUCAAGAAGGUUUUGCGUUAUAAUCGCUCGGGGCUGUGGGGGUGUCUGAGGUCAUUAUCUAAAGUGGUGCAAAAGGAGACAAUAGGCCCGGCAAAUCUGGUCGAGCCUCCGCGCUGGCUUGUUCGGGUUGGUUCUUAUGUAAAUGAAAACUCUCCCAAGCUAUUAACUGUCGGGGUGUGUAUGCGGUUGGGCGUCGUUCUGUGGCCGCAUGGCGAGAAUGAUCCAAGAAGGCCCCGGCGCUUGGGGGGAAGAAUGACAAAACGACGCAGAAAAAACCGACGACAAACACCAGCGGAAGCCCCAAAGUGCGAAUAUCGGCCCCGCCAAGGACGCGCGGCAAGGCUCUUCGCGUCUUACUUUCGGCAGCUCACUGAAUGCCCCAACCGCUAGCCAGUGCGCAGCGACUGCCUCCCAACAG